AUGAAAACCUUGCAGCUCAUUAAGGUUCUCUCAGCACUUGCUUGGGCAGUUGAAGGGGUGGUUUCUGAUACAGCCAACUCCCAUUCCAGCACUGCCCCUUAUCUUGCGAACGGAUAUCUAAAUCUCGGAAUUGCGAGUGAAGCGUAUACAAAAGCCAAAGAAUUUGUGGCACAACUCAACAAUACCGAGAAGAUUUCUAUCGUAAAGGCAAGCAGCUUCAAGCAUUCAAAUAUUUCCUGGGAGGCAUAUGAAAAUACCGACGGAGUAUCUGGCUUGAACUUCUACUAUUACGUCUCUGCCUUUCCAAUGGGAAACGCCCUGACACAAACCUGGAACAGGGAUCUCAUUUCAGCUCAGUUCAAGGCGGUCGGGGAAGAAUAUCGUGCUAUAGGAUAUAAUUUGGUUGAUGGAGCGCUCCUUGGUCCACUAGGCCGUGUCCCCGAAGGAGGUCGACAGAAUGAGGCAUUCUCCCCUGAUCCAUAUCUCUCCGCUAUAAGCUCUGCUGAAGGCAUUCGGGGACAAAAUUCUGCCGGUGUUGUUGCAGGGAUCAGGCACUUCCUACUUUAUGAACAAGAGACUAACAGGAGCUCUGCCAUGGGUGGCUCGACAUCAGCAGUGUACUCCUCAAAUCCCGAUGACAAAACCUUGCAUGAAGUCUACAUGUGGCCAUGGGCAGACGCUAUCAAUGCGGGCUCGAUGGCCGUUAUGUGUGCCAUGAACCGAGUGAACGCAACCCAUUCUUGUGAAAAUAAGGAGCUUUUGAUGGAUAAAUUGAAGACCCAGCUCGGUUUCCCUGGAUUUGUCUAUCCAGACGAAUCUGCUCAAUUUAGCAGCUACGGUUCGGCUAACGCUGGUCUCGAUUAUUCACCCUAUGCAGAGAACCUAUGGACCGAAUCCACGCUGUCAGCCGGUCUUGCAAAUGGUAGUCUGACAGUAGAUCGAUUGGAUGAUAUGGCUGUGCGCUCAGUACUGCCUUACUACUUUGUUCAUCUUGACAAGGAAACUCUCCCUACAGUGUCAACGGAUUAUACUGCCUACCGUGAUGUGCGUGGUAACCAUAGCAGUCUAAUUCGCAAGGUUGGCGGAGAAGCGAUCAGUCUGCUUAAGAAUAACAACAAGAAUGGCCGUGGGCUUCCACUCAACAAACCGCGCUCUAUAUCACUCUAUGGGGCACAUGCUGGCCCAUCCAUGGCUGGCCCUAACCAUGAGUGGUCGGUUUCGGGGACAGACUCCGAUAUUUAUCAAGGCCAUCUCGCUACUGGUGGUGGAUCUGGCCAAACAUCACUUCCCUACCUAAUCACUCCGUUCAACUCUCUCACCAAUCGCGCAGUUCAAGACAAUUCCAUGAUUUGGUGGAUAUUGAACAAUACUUAUACAGAUGAUUCGGGUAGCGGCGGUUUCUCCAUCGCGGGCGGCACAGGCACUGGAACAGCCCCUUCAUUCGCGAACUAUGCAGAUGCAUCAAACGUCUGUCUUUGUUUUAUCAACUCUUGGUCUGGAGAGGGAGCCGAUCGAAACUCCCUCUCGAAUGAAGCCCAGGACACGAUGGUCAAGAGUGUUGCGUCAAAUUGCAAUAACACCAUUGUCAUUGUAAAUGUCUCGGGGCCUCGCGUUCUGGAUGCCUGGAUCGAGCAUGAAAACGUUACAGCUGUACUUUAUUCUGGACUUCUGGGUCAGGAAUCAGGAAAUGCAAUUGCAGACGUCCUUUACGGUGAUGUGAACCCCAGCGGAAAAUUGAUUCACACGAUCGCCAAGAACGAGUCGAACUACCCAACUUCCGUUUGCAUGACCGCGAAUUGCCUAUUCAAAGAAGGGGUGAAUAUUGACUAUCGUUGGUUCGACGAGAAGAACAUCGAGCCUCGGUACCCGUUUGGCCAUGGCCUGAGCUAUACGCACUUCAAGUAUGGCGAGGUGAGCGCUCAGAUCACAAAUCACUCGGCGAUUGCGUCCAAGUAUCCUACUGGAAGACUGGGCCUUGGUGGGCAGGAAGAUCUAUUCAAUGAGAUUGUUAAAGUAACCACUUCCGUGAGAAAUGUUGGAUCGUUGAAAGGCGCCGAGGUGGCCCAGUUGUAUGUCAGUUUCCCCAAGGAGGCUAAACAGCCGGUUCGAAUCCUGCGUGGCUUCGAAAAGUCGACAAUUGCCGCAGAUGAGACGGCUCAAAUCCAAUUUUCUCUCCGACGUCGUGAUCUCAGCUACUGGGAUGUGGCGGCACAGAAAUGGGCUAUUGCUCGAGGACAAUACACGUUCUCCGUGGGAUCCAGCUCUCGUGAUCUCCGUGGAAACAGCACUUUGACACUAUGA